CUUUUCACACUCCUCAAAAACACACACACACACACUCCACUCCCAACAACAACAACAACAAUGGUCGGAUUCUACGACCUCUCCGACACCGACGACUCCGCCGUCGAAGAAAUCAUCUCACAGGCCCAAGACGCCUGCGUUUUGGACCAAAUCGCCGCCAUCAACUGUUCCGGCAUCACCGACACCGUCCUCCCCACCCACCUCGAAACCCGUUUCCGCAACCUCAAAUCCUUCCCACCCACCAAACCCAAACCCAAACCCAAACCAAACUCCCAAGCUCCCACCUUUUCCACCCUAAACCACCAAACUCCCAAUUUUUCUUCUGAUCAGGCCUCUCCCAACGUUCCCGGAGAAAAACCUAAACAUGGGUCUCUUUAUUCUGCUUCUUCCCCUUCCUCCGACGAUAGCUCCAUGUCUUGGGUUUUCAGGCCGUCGCAAAAGCACGGUUCCAAAGAGAACUCUGUGACUUCUCGCUCCCUCUCGCCUCCUCCUCGGAAGGGUUGUUUGUGGUUUUCUCCGAAGAAGAAGGAGAAGAAGAAAAGCAAGGAGAAUUGGGGUGACGAGUUUUUGUCGGAAUUGGGAAGCUUCUCGUCCUCGAAGAAGGAGCAGCAGAAGAUGUUGAAGAAGGCUAUGAAGGAGGAAGAGAAGGUAAGCCGAGAGGCUGAGAAGAUUGUUCAGUGGGCUAAGCAAGCAUCUGCAAGGAUGAAUGUUUCUCACAUUGAUGGUGAACUUAGUGAUGGAUGAAUAGGCCAAUAGGCUACACUACAAACACUUAAUUUUGGGUUUUCUCUCUCUUCUAUAUCAGAGAAGAAGAAAAUUGGGUGUUAUAAGGUGUUCCAACUAUAUUGUCUUGUUUCUUUUGGGGGAUUAAUGGGACUGUCAAUUUGUCUUGUUUCAUUUUGUGUCUUUACGUCCAUACAAAUUUUUUACAUAUUUUGGGGAGUUUAUACAAUGGAGAAUGAAAUAUUUUGUCUGA